AUGGCACGAGUUCCAUUGUCACUGUCAUUCAAGAGAAGGACGUUGGAGAGAGAAGGAGAUUCAUUGUCAUUCUCAUUCAAGAGAAGAACGUUGGAGAGAUCUGAAGGAGAUGGUCAUGGCGCGCGCGUUGUGGAGCUGGAGGAGAGGCAGCUGGUGCUGAGCUCAGGCUGGCGGGAUGCAUGCCACUGGAGUCCGCUCCUCCCGCCCGCCAACGCCUCCAUCGACGAGCGGCUCCGGCGGGAGAUCAUCCGAUACGGCGAAUUCGCGGAGGCUUGCUUCGACGGCUUCGAAUACAGCGAGGGCUCGGAAUUCUGUGGAGACACAAAGUUCUCCAAGGAGGAGCUCCUCCAAUCCGUGGGACUCCCAAGCACGGGAUACGAAAUCACGGCCUAUCUCUACGCGACAUCGCAGCUGGGCUUGCCCAGUUUCUUCAAGCGCUCCAAUUCCAACGCCCAACCCGGCGACGACUCGUGGACGUCGGACACCAACUGGAUGGGCUUCGUGGCGGUUGCCACGUCGGACGAGGCCAUCCGACGGUUGGGACGCUGCGACAUUGUGGUGGCCUGGCGCGGGACGGUGACGCAGCUCGAGUGGAUCGGGAACCUCAAGGAUCUCCUCCGUCGACCCCACGGCCCAAAGUUCCAGGGGUGA